AUGGACUUCCAUCUGAAGCAAUGGAGAAACCAGCAUGAGUCAGAGGAACAACAUUCUACAAAGAUGCCAAAACUUCUUCCUGAAUCCCAUCAACACCCACAAUCAUCUGCCUCUGCACUCCCUUUGUUUGUACCUGAGUCCAACAGCAAAGUCAGCACCCUGUCAGAUUCAACAUUAGCUACUACUAACAGAUUUCCCAGGAUGGGAAGUUAUUUCAGCUUGGCUCAGUGGCAGGAACUUGAGUUGCAGGCUUUGAUAUUCAGGUACAUGUUAGCCGGUGCUGCUGUUCCUCCUGAGCUCCUUCAACCAAUCAAGAAAAGCCUUCUUCAUUCCCCUCCCUUUUUCCUUCAUCACCCUCUCCAACAUUACCAACCUCCUUCAGUGUUGCCAUCUGGGUAUUGGGGUAGAGCAGCCAUGGAUCCAGAGCCCGGUCGUUGCCGGAGAACCGACGGGAAGAAGUGGCGGUGCUCGAGGGACGUGGUGGCUGGGCAAAAGUACUGUGAGCGCCACAUGCAUCGUGGUAGAAACCGUUCAAGAAAGCCUGUGGAACUACCCACACCAGCUAGUGCUUGUGGUGGUGGUGGAUCUUUGGGUGGUGCUUCUUCCCUUUCUUCACCGCCACUGGCUACUGCUUCACUCAAAUCCCCUUUUGAUCUUCUUCAUCUUAAUGAACGUUCGUCGGGGACCAAGAAUGAAGAUAAGAGCUUGUUUGAUAAUGAAGAUCAUGUGGGUGGGGAUGGAAGAUCAGGUGGCCAUAUGCUGAGGCAUUUCUUUGAUGAUUGGCCACGAUCACUGCAAGAAUCUGACAACGCUGAAAACAAUGCUGGAAGGUUGAACUCAGCCACAUGCCUCUCUAUUUCAAUGCCUGGAAAUACUUCAUCGGAUGUGUCAUUGAAGUUGUCCACUGGCUAUGCAGAGGAUCCGGGCCCAACAAAUGAGACGGGGGACCUUCAGGCUCAGGCAGAACAAUUGCAGCUGAAUUGGGCCGGAGGGUGGGCUGCUUCUAGUCAAGUGGCUUCUAUGGGAGGGCCACUUGCUGAGGCACUCAGAUCUUCCACUUCAACUUCGUCUCCCACUAGUGUUUUGCAUCAGUUGCCUCGUGGUUCUGUAUCUGAGACCAGUUUCAUUAGCACCUAA